UCGAUUUUUGGAAAAUUUGAAUGCGUGCAAACUCGUUAAAUUUCUUAGAACCAUAUUUAACCGGAUCUGUCUCGUUACCGCUCCGACGAAACGUUAGCACGCGUCAUAUUUGAAAAUUUAACCCGUUUAAACACAAUUUUCUCGAAAACUUCUUUUUUAACGCAUGCUAACCUGCGUUAGGGUAUCAAAAUUAUUUCAUGGGAAUAACAUCAAAAAUUAUAUCAACAUUUAAUACAAAUAAUUUUUGGUUAAAAUUAUUAAAUAAAAAAAUUAUUAAUGUUAUUGUAUGUCAUUAAUCAUCCAUCUCAAAUUUCUACAAAUAUCAUUAUCUUUAUACAUUACCAUAUUCAUAUAAAGAUAAUGGUGAUUUUUUAUCUCAUAAUCUUAUUAAUUACUGUUCUUGUUCUUUAGAUAAUAAUAAUACUAUGAAUGAUAAGACCUUAUAUAAACUUGUUCAGUUUGUAACAUUGAAUAAAUCAUUCAUAACUUAUGAUCAAUUUCGAUUAUUAAAUCAAAAAUUUGUUAAACUUUAAUCAUUAAAUAUCUAUCAACACUUUUAUUUCGAGGAAAAAGAAGAAAAUAAUAAUAAUAAUAAUAUUCCAAUACUAAAAUAUUGUCAUGAAAUUCGCUUUUAUCUUCUAGAAUUUACUACAGAAAAAUGUUUUAAUAAUAUGAAAUAUUUAUUUUUAAUGACAGCAAAUGUUAAAAUUUUAAAAGUUGAUAAUUUCAGUUCUUGUAAUAUAUUUUUAAAUAUUGAUAAAAUUACUCGCCAUAGUAUAUAUCAACGGUAUUUUAAUCAUAUCAAUGAAUUAAAUAUAACUGAAAUAAAUAACAAAAAUUAUCAAAAUUUAUCAAUUUAUAUGAAUUUUUUUCAAAAUAUUAAAAUAUUAAAAUUAUCAUUUUCAAGUGAAUUAAAAUCAAUUAUGAUCUAUAUAUGUAUAAUACCUAUUCUAGGUACAUCAUAUUUAACAUUAAAUUAUUUAGAAAAAGAAAUCGAUCCGAUGGCAAAAGAAAUAUUAGAACUUCAAGGUUUUGAUACGACAGUUAGUUUACCCCGAAAUAAUGAUAAUGUAUUUACAAUAUUUAAUAAUAAUAUUAAAGAUUUGGAGGAGUUGAAAGAAUAA